AUGCUCCGUUCCAGUUCCCCGCCCACCCCAGCCAGCGGACACACAAUCUACUUUGACGCCAUGUCAGAUAUCUCGCCUACAGCAACAAUGCCUCCUCCCAUUGGCAACGAGUAUCCAUACAGCAACACCAUCCCAGACCAACAAUCAGACACCACAAAACACCCAGACAUCCCUCACCGGGAGAACGACUCCAUUCCACAGGAGAAAUCAAAAUCAGACGUUUACGGCGUGGAACAUCCCAACGGUUCCGAGGGUUGGCUCCCUACUGAGCAACAGUCCACCAGGCCUGUAGCCGAAACAACCGUUUCCCCAGAUCAACAGCAGACCCAGACCCAAACCCAGCAAACCCCUAGUGUCGAUGCUGGUCCUCCUGCUUCCUACGCUGCUCCAAGAACAUCUGCUUCCCUUGCCCGUUCAGCAUCAAAGAAAAGUGCAUUUACCAGCAGCGAGGGAAAACACAUUUUUGGCUCUGCCUUUGUAAACGGCGCAGGCACAACCGGUCCUUUUUCGACUGUUGAGGCCGACGAGGAGCUGCUCAAUCGCGCUAACGAAGCGGAGACGAAUUUAUCUCCGAAAUCCAAGGCCAAAAUCUAUAAAUCUGAGGCUCAAGACGGGAAGCGGUUGUCCAAGAUCAUCAGAGAUGAAGGUAAGUUGGAGCGACAAGCGCUGCAGAACACGAUGCGCGAGCUCGAAGAACUCCAGAUGGCCCAGAAACUGGCAGUCAAGAACGAAGCCACCGCACAUGGUAUACAGGCCAAAUUACUCGCCCAAUCUAAGCGAGAUGAAGCAGCUUUUCUCGCUGCAAAGAGUCGAUAUGAGACGACCAUGGCGAGACUUAAGGCGGAGGAAGCAAAUGUCGAACGAGUGCGGAACAGUGCGCGCGAAGCUACGGAGAGGGUACAAGACAAGUCUGCCGAGAUUGACGGCCUGCGUUUGACGUUUGGCGUCGACGAGAGGGAGCGCGAGAUUAAACUUUCACAAUUGAAAUCAGAGAAGGGAGCCACUGGUUUCUGGCCACUUCGACAGUGA